AGAAGAUAAUGGUUUCUAACCAGUUCGUGCUGCUACUGGUCAGAUCUCUACACCGUGAUAAUUUGGUGACUGGCUUUAAAAUGAAUUCCAAUAAGUUGUUUGGAAUUGCAUUUCUGCUGAAUUUAUAUGGAGCAUGUGUUGGUGUUUAUAUAUCUACUACCAGUCGAGGAUACACAAGCACGGAGACUGGUGAACCUUUCUUCGACUGCUACCAUGGCUACAGAAGUGCUCCUGAUUUGAGAGCAGUGGUUUUUAUAGGGAGGUACGUCUACACUUACAAUUAUAUCCAUGACCCUGCUAAUGGCGAUCCACCUCCAAGUGUUUCUUUCAUGGCUGGUAAUCCAUCGACUCAAGUCUACAGAGUAAAUCUUGACACAAGUCAGCACAGUUCGUACGGAGUCUUCUACUGCGCUGCAAUGCUUAAUGGAGAAUACUCCGCUGUACCAACAAUUUUCCUGAGAUCCGAUGCUAAAUUUUUACCUCUUAGUGGCAGGUUCACAAAGACAGUCAACAAAGGUGAUGUGAAUGUGACUGUUGAUUUUACUGAGGUCACCCCUAGUAGUACAGCUACCAAAGAAUGGAGGUUUAAUGGUACAACAAACCCUCAUGAAACUAUAUCUCAGAACACGAUCUUCGCAAGUUUGACAGUCUAUACAAUAGUAGGGGAAGUGGAUACAUCAUAUAAAGGUGUUUACGAACUUCAUCUGGGAGGUGAAAGAGGACUGGCAAGGGCUGGACUACAAAGACUAAUUGUUAGAGCAUGCCCGGCUGGUCGCUAUAAUGAACAUAGUGGUUGCACCAAUUUCUGCUCAUCGUGUUAUAAUGGAGGAAUAUGCCACGAUCAAACCGGGGAUUGCAUCUGUCCGCCAGGAUUUCAGGGCGUUUCUUGUGAAAUAGCAUGCGGUGGAAAUCGCUUUGGUCGUAACUGCGAGUACCGAUGUGACUACGAUGUAUCAGAUGAUAAGAAGGCAUGUAGUGGUCUUCAGGUUUGUGUACCUGAUCCCUAUGGCUGUUCAUGUACACCAGGAUAUAAAGGAUUAGACUGUACUACAGAAUGUGAAGCAGGUGAGUUUGGAGCAAGUUGUACCGAGACAUGCCAUUGUGUAUCAGGAGAAUGUGAUCGGUUUACUGGUGUCUGUAAAGGAAGCUCCUCUGAUUGCGAAUCAGAAUGGACUGGGGUAAACUGCCAAGAAUGCGUUCUGGGAAGAUGUGGUCCUAAUUGCGAACCAUUCACUGUUGAAUAUGAAAAAGCUAACAGAGGACAGUAUAGCAAUUUCUUUUGUCAACUAAACGGAGAGAAAUUCAUUUCUACGGCUGCUCCAGUGGUAAAUAUCUACAGGAAAUUGGGCAGUGGGAAUUUUACGCGGGAAAAUAUAAUAUCACUCGGAACUACAUCACCCGGACGUUUUAUUUUUCUUGUAUUUGACGUUAACGUUGGAGAAAAAUUCGCCUGCUCCAUCCACGACGUAAACGAAUGUUGGUCAGAGUCUCUUACGGCUGACGGAGAAUUCACCCAACCAGAGCUUCGUAGUUCCCCCGUGGUAACCAGAAGGAGUAAUGAAUCCAUCACCCUCAUGUGGGAUGCCUGGGAUGCAGCAACAGAUAUAGGUGAUCCUCCUCUUCAACGUUACCGUAUCUAUUAUAGAGUCGACGAUCCAGAGGAACAGGAGCAAGAAGUGACGUCACGAUCUGAUCCUCUAGCUCCAUCUGAGACAGUGACUGGUCUAAGUCCGGAUACAGACUAUGUGUUCGCUGUAGUAGCAGUUAGACCAGGUGUAGGGGGUCAGGGACCUCGACUGGAAGUCCAAGGUACAACAAAAUGCUCACCGCCCUUUGGUUUAGUGCAGUCUAUCAACGUUUCAUCAUCUUCUCUAUCUCGAACACUGAACAUCAAGUGGAAGAACCCUACUUCGGACGCUAACUGCCGGAGUGGAUUAACGGGCGUUCGAAUCUAUUGGAACUCAGUGGAAGUUUCAACGGUAUCCCGAGGAUCCAUCGAUGUUCCUUUAAAUGUUUCUAUGGGUUUUGAUCUGUCUUUGCCAGAGCCAUACACCACUUAUAUUAUCACUAUGGCUAUUCUCAAUCGUGAUUCAGAAGGUGAUAUGAGUCAACCAUUAUUGGCUAUGACUGCAGAAGAUAGUAAGCCGAGUAGAAUCAUUUAAACUUUAUCUCAUUUAAAAUUAAUUUGUUCGGGGAAAAACAUCAAUAAAAUAUAUGUAUUUGUUAUUAUUAAUAUUAAUGACCAAAGUAAUGCGCACCGUUAGUGGCAAUACAUUUAUUUUACAUAGAUAUUUUCGUCGGUCAAUUUAGAUAAUUACCGUCGACAAAAGCAGUUGAACAGAACAGAUUUUGAGGUAAUAAAUAUGCACAGCGUAUCAAAAAAAGUUUACACUUAGAAAAAAAUCGUGUAAGAUUAUACAUUUGUAAUAUCCUGAAGAUUUUUCCACAUAUUAACAUUGUAGAUCCAU